ACAAACCCUUCUUAUCCUAUCGUCGCGCGCGCCUGCCUCUCCCACACACUCCACAGCGCCCGCGCAGGCUCGCUGCAAGCGCAAAGCAGCCACAGCACCCCCUGCACCUGCAGACUGCAACCGCAAUGUCGGCUCUCGGGACGCUCUCCGGCGGCGCUGCCGGUGUCUCCGGCCUCCUCCGCCUCCGCCGCCGGGCCGCCCCAGCCCCCGCGAUCGCGGCGCCGUCGCACCUCCCCGCUGGGACCGUCAAGUGCGCGGCCGCCGUGCCCGAUGCCGCCCCGAUCGUCUGGGGCCGUCAGCUCCGCCCGGCGCUCCUCCUACCCGCGGCGCUGCUCCCUUCGUUGCAGCCCGCCAGGAGGCACACGCUGCAGCCGCCCGCCGCAGCCGCCGAGUCCGCAGGGGAGGCCAAGUCUGUGGGUUUCCUGGAGAAGUACCCGGCCCUGGUCACCGGCUUCUUCUUCUUCAUGUGGUACUUCCUCAACGUCAUAUUCAACAUCCUCAACAAGAAGAUCUACAACUACUUCCCAUACCCAUACUUUGUGUCCUUGAUCCAUCUAGUAGUGGGUGUCGUAUACUGCCUCAUCAGCUGGAGUGUCGGUCUCCCCAAGCGAGCGCCUAUCAAUGGCACGCUCCUCAAGCUUCUCUUUCCAGUCGCCCUGUGCCAUGGUAUUGGUCACAUCACUAGCAAUGUGUCCUUCGCUGCUGUUGCAGUCUCAUUUGCUCACACUAUCAAAGCUCUGGAGCCCUUCUUCAGCGCAGCGGCUACUCAGUUUAUCCUUGGACAGCAAGUUCCCUUCUCUCUGUGGCUUUCUCUUGCCCCUGUGGUCAUUGGUGUUUCAAUGGCAUCCCUUACUGAGCUUUCAUUCAACUGGACUGGCUUCAUCAAUGCCAUGAUAUCAAACAUCUCAUUCACUUACAGGAGCAUUUAUUCCAAGAAAGCUAUGACUGACAUGGAUAGCACCAACGUGUAUGCUUACAUCUCAAUAAUCGCUCUAAUUGUUUGCAUUCCACCUGCAUUGAUCUUUGAAGGGCCCAAGCUAAUGCAGCAUGGAUUUAGUGAUGCCAUUGCAAAAGUAGGUUUGACAAAGUUUGUCAGUGACCUAUUCUUGGUUGGACUGUUCUACCAUCUGUAUAACCAGAUUGCUACAAACACCUUGGAGCGAGUGGCUCCUCUGACACAUGCUGUCGGCAAUGUGUUGAAACGUGUUUUUGUCAUCGGUUUCUCAAUCAUUGUUUUUGGCAACAAAAUUAGCACACAAACUGGAAUUGGCACGUCCAUUGCCAUAGCUGGUGUUGCUAUGUACUCUUACAUUAAGGCUAAGAUUGAAGAGGAGAAAAGGAAAAAGAGCGCAUGACUGCUGUGAAUAAUAUUAUCGGGACCUUCCUCGGACACAACAUCGUCGACAAUCACGACCUACUUCUAUACCUUGUUUUGUUUUCAUCUUGAGUCAGUCGGUCCAUUGUUUGUUCCCAGUCUGGUGAUUAAAAGUCUGCAAAUUCUGUUUGUGGAAUUGGCAGCGAUACAAAUUUGGCUUCUUUAAGUAAAUCCGGUUGGCGGUACACAGCGGUAUUAAUUCACCUGUAACUGAAUGGAAUACCGUAAUGCAAAGGGCACAACACUCUGCCUGACUAAAAUAAAAUGGUGAAGGUUCACCCUUGUUGUGGUUGCU